AUGUUUGUUAUUGUUUUAGAAGUAAGUUUACUUUUGAUAUCAUUAGCCCAAGUGAAAGGUGUGCCUAAGAAGAAAUCUUAUUCGGAAUUAAAAUCGUGCAAUCUUGGUGCGUUAGCGGAGGAAAUAGCAUCUUAUGAUACUGUGGUCUCUGAUAUUAUUGACUAUGUGGUUUCUGGUCCAUUUAAAGGAAAAACUUAUGAUGAAUUGGCAAAUUUCGUCGACACGUUUGGUGCUCGUCCAUCGGGAUCACAAACACUCGAAGAUUCUAUUGAUUACAUGAUUCAGCUGAGUCGUGAGGAGGAAAUAAAUGACAUCGUUACGGAAGAGUUAGAGGUUCCCCAUUGGAUUAGAGGAACAGAAAAAAUAACUAUGCUCGAACCUAGAGUAAAAGAUAUUGCCUUAUUAGGUCUUGGUCGUAGUGUUUCCACUCCACCUGAAGGUAUAACGGCUGAAGUUGUUGUGGUCUCAGAUUUUAAUGAACUCUCGAGAUUAUUUAACAAGGACAUUGAAGGUAAAAUUGUAUUAUAUGAUCCAGUAUUUACAACCUACGGAGAAACAGUAGUAUAUAGAUCUCAAGGAGCAGUGAAAGCGGCAGAAAAAGGUGCAGUGGCUUCUCUAGUUAAGUCUAUAGCUCCAUUUUCAAUUAAUUCGCCUCAUACUGGCUCACAAAACUAUGAUGAAAAUAUAAAAAAAAUACCUACUGCAGCAAUAUCCAUUGAAGAUGCAGAUUUACUGAGAAGGUUUUAUAACAGAGGGGAGAAAAUUGUCCUGAAUAUUACAAUGUCAUCAACAUUCGAAACGAAGACUUCUAGAAAUACACUUAUCGACUUGAAAGGAUCUACAAAUCCAGAAAAGUUGGUAAUUGUGUCAGGACAUAUUGAUAGUUGGGAUGUUGGGCAAGGUGCGAUGGACGACGGUGGCGGCUUAUUUGUAAGUUGGGCUGCCCCAGUAAUUCUUAAACGACUUAACUUAAGACCAAAGAGAACAAUUAGAUCUAUUUUUUGGACUGCUGAAGAACUUGGAUUGGUUGGUGCAUAUGCCUAUGAAGAAAAACAUAGGAAUGAGAGUCAUAACAUUAACUUUAUAAUGGAGUCUGAUGAAGGUACAUUUGCCCCACUCGGCUUAGCCGUGGCAGGUACCCAAGAAGCUCGGUGUAUAGUGGCUGAAAUUUUGAAAUUAUUCAAAUCCAUCAAUGCUUCAACAUUAGUUGAAGACGAUAGUCCCGGAUCUGAUAUAACUGUUAUAACUAAUAAAGGAGUCCCAGGUGCAAGCCUUCAUAAUGCAAAUGAACGAUAUUUUUGGUUCCACCACACUGAAGGGGACACCAUGAACGUUGAGAGUCCUGAAGAACUAGAUUUAUGUGCUGCCUUUUGGACUGCUGUGGCUUAUAUAAUAGCUGAUAUUUCAGUGGACAUACCUCGA